AUGGUCGCCUCAAAGUUCACUACUCCUGCUGAGUCUCCCACAUCGGCAAGUGUUAUGCCAGCGGCCUCAGCUCCAGCUGCCAAUAAACCCAGCUCAUUCCCUACCUCGUCUACUCCACAAAUGGCCCCUGCAGCACCGGUGUCUUCAUUUGACCUACCCACGAUACAACUCCUCCCACAACCUCCUACCACCACGACCACCGCACCUAUUUCCUUCAUUGUCUUCUGGCCCUACGCCUGCACACUGCUGCUCACUGUACCUGCUUCCGCAUCUACCAAUCCUUCUCUGCACCUGCGGCAUCAAGCACGUAAACCAACAAACCGGCACCGUUCCCCAUCGCAAAAGGAAUCCCUUGCGAGCGAGUUCACCACAGAAGUUCCCGUUCAAUUAGCCCACAUCCGCAUCAGUAUCUGGUUCUGGUGGACUUUGGAAGCGCCCAAGCCCAAAGGAGCAGAGACUGAGAGGCCUAGACUUUUUGUUUGGACCGCUCUCCGGUGGUUCAGCAUCUGGCUUUACAGAUGCUUCAUGGCACCCAAGCCAAACGCUGAGCUACCGGGGACAUCAGCCUUUGCCACAGCUAUAUCAUCGGGUGGUGAUGCGAAGAAAGCGGACGCGCCAUUAUCGAUCUUUGGCGCCGCAGAUGCUGCCAAGAAAGAUGGAAGCAGGGCUGGUGCUUCUGCACCUGCAGUCUUCGGUGAUUUUGGUGCAAAUACAAGUGGCGUCUCGAGCAAUAUCUUUGAGAAGUCCAGUGCUCCACAGCUGAGUGGUGAUGCAAGCACGUCUACAUCGACUCCCAAGAGUCACGAAGCCGUCACCAUUAAUGCUCCUCCAUCAAGCAAUACCACUUGUUCUAUCCUUUCAUUUGGGAGGAAGGAAGACACUACAGUGCCUUCUCCGUCCGGCACCAGUGCUUCUACUGCAUCUGAAUCAUCGACGCCCGUGUUUGCAUUCGGGUCUUCUGUGUUCAGUCAACCUUCGACGGAUACUUCAAAUGGCCCAAUGCAACAGCAAUCGGUCUUCAGAACACCGUCGGUACCUAUGCCUAGUGCAGUUGGCUUCGGUAGGGACUGCAAGCAGCACAUUCGUCUUCGGAAGUCAACCCGGAGGCCAGUAAUAUCUCGCGCUAACGAGGCUCUGGAAUAG